AUGUCAGACUCUCCGGCUCCGGCAGCCGGCGCGGCCGCUGGCCCGGCACGCGCGUCCGCAGAGCUCCUGCCAUCCGCGGUGAUGGAAUAUCUCCAACAACACGGUUUCGACAAGGCUUUGCAGGCACUACAAACAGAGCUGCAGCAGACUGGCGGCGAGAAGGAAGCGGAUGGCGAGGCGGAGCCUAUCGCCAACGCCAAUCUGGAGGCGGUCUUCCGCGCGCCGGGCGCGAUCCCACUCGAGACGAUGGUUAAGCGCAACAUCCCGCAGGCCACGACCGUCUCAGUCUCGACUAUGUCUGAUCGGAUUACGCCCGAGUUCAUCGCGCAGUCCAAGUACAUCAUCGAGAAGCUGCAGGCGCGCCUCGAGGAGCAGGCGGAUGCUGAGGAGGGCCGCGCGUCCGGCAUGAGCCAGGCGAGCUUCAUCGACCCGAGUGACCGCGUUGAGGGGUAUAAGCGCUACCGGCGAUGGGUUAGCGACGGCCUCGACAUGUGGAAGUUCGAAUUGGACAAUGUGUCGUUCCCAUUGUUCGCGCACACCUUCCUGGACCUGAUCGACUUUGGGUUCACCGAGGCCGCGCAGAAGUUCUACAAGGACAACUGCGAGCACCACAGGGUAUCCCACUCGUCAGAACUCUCGUAUUUGGCCGGCAUCAACGCACCGCACCAGAUCCUGCUGGACCCGUACUGCCAGAGGUUGCGGAGUGAACGGUACCAGCUUCCGAUGUCGCGCAACUCAUUCGCGCUGCUCGUGCAGUGGCUGAGCGGAUCGGGGCUCGACGAGGAGUGGGAAGCGGGGCUGCACAGUGCGCCAGGACGUGCGAAAGAGGCUGUCCGCGCGAUUGUGCACCAGCGCCUUGACGUCAAGGUCUCCGACUCUGGGAUGCCAGUGGACAAGAUCUCGAUCGCAUCAGCCUCUGGUCUGUUGGCAGGCCUGCUGCCGCCCGCUACAACUGCGGACGAGUUCAACGGAGCUACGCAGCUCAAGUUGGGCCAGCCAGCCAUGCUGGACAAGUUGAAAGAGGAGGUGAUUCGUGUUGUGCGGGAGGAGGACGAGGCAGUGAACGGUGCACCCGACACGCCAGCAGACUCAACGAUCAACGGCUACGCCAACGGGACGGACGCGAACGGCGACGUGGAGAUGGCCGACGCGCGCUCGCCAGCGAAGCAGGUCAAACUCGAGCCAGACGCGGAUCCAGAUGUCGUCGCGCCUGACCCGACAGAAACGUUACCCCCGCAGGCGACGUUCUACAAAGUCACGGAUGUCAAGCGCGAGGUCGAAGCGGUGCGCGACAAGCGCAAGAUGAUCCGCCUUGGCGCGUCGGGGGAAGACAGCACCGGCACCUCCACAACGUUGCCGUCCAUCGUUGCGUUUACAAUGUUCGACGGCGGCGAGAACAUCACGUCGGUCGAGUUUAGCCCAGACUCGAGCCUCAUCGCGGCGGGCUCUGCGGAGAGCACUGUGAGGUUGUGGAGCUCACGGGGCGAGAAGCUCAAGGCGAAGUCGCUGGACUCAUAUGGCAGCAUCAUCGAAGACGAGGGCAUGGCGAUGCGCAAGCUGGUCGGACACUCGGGUCCUGUAUACUCGAUGUCAUUCGACCCAAUAUCCGGCUCAGGCGGGCCACCGCACGCCCUCCUCUCGUCGUCCCAGGAUGGAACAGUCCGCCUGUGGAGCAUGGACACGUACAGCAACUUGGCUGUUUACCGUGGCCACGGGCGCGAGGCAGUGUGGGAUGUGGAGUGGGGUCCCUUCGGCGUGUACUUUGCCUCUGCGAGCCGCGACCGCACUGCGCGGCUGUGGAGCUCGGACCGGCUAACCCCCCUACGGAUGUACACGGGACAUCUCGGCGAUGUGAACUGCGUAAAGUUCCACCCGAACACGAUGUAUCUCGCGACGGGCUCGAGCGACAACUCCUGUCGGUUGUGGGACGUUCAGCGGGGCGCGUGUCUACGUCUUUUCCUUGGCCACACGGACGCCGUCACGACACUCGCAAUCAGCCCCGACGGCAAGAUGAUGGCGUCCUCGGGUCUCGACUGCUCAAUCUACCUGUGGGACCUGGGGAGCGCGCGCCCGAUCAAGAAGAUGAGCGGGCACACUGGGCCUGUGGAGAGUCUGUCUUUCAGUGCGGAGAGCAGCGUCCUCGUCAGCGGUGGGCUGGACUGCACCGUGCGCUGCUGGGACGUCAAGAGUGCCGGCGGACCGCGGCCGCGUGGAUACAACGACCCGUUCCAGGGUAGCAAUGGGGCGUUACCCAUGGGUCCCGGCGAGUUGGAGUGGGAGGGCCUGGGCCAGACUGCCGACCUGCUGGGUACUUAUACAACUAAGCGUACACCCGUGAUUAAGACGCACUACACGCCGCGCAACUUGUGUAUGGUGGCGGGCUCGUUUGUGCCGCCGGCUAACAAGGCGGCGUAG